AUGCUAGGUCAGUCCGUCUUGGCCUCGAUUCAGCACAACUGUCUGGAGAAGAAGGGCAACGCGUGCUCGGAAGUCGAUCUGUUCUCCCGGACCAGUCACUCUGAUGAAGAGAAUGCUGCUAGAGACCCGACUGAAUCAGCCUACCCAAAGACGACAUGUCUGUAUUCGACCCCGAACUCCGUCUUCGACACGACCGGCAAGAUCGAAACAUGGCGACUGCUUGAACCAACCUGUUUCACGCCAGCGUGGGGCUCGUCAUCUUCCGAUAUCAAAAUUCACAAAGAUCUCGUCGUGCGGCUGUUAUAUCUGUUGAUGUAUCAAGAAGUGAGCCGUCUGUUGCUCCUCACGACAGCCUUGCUAUAUGAAGCCGUGAGAAGAUUUUCUCUUCAAAUUCCGGUCUCUCACGCGGCGAAGCAUUCAACAGUUAUAGCAAGUGAACCCUUCUUGGCUUGGUUCUGCCCAACGUUGUUUUCGGACGUACGAUGGCGGGUCUUUGACGACUAUGAUGAUCUACAAGAGAAAAUCGGUGAAGAUCAUGCUAUAAACUUCCUUAGACAUUCCGGCCCACUGCCGUUGAUGGAUACUCAUGCGAACAACCGGAGUUGCACGAAAGGUAGAGAGAAUGAGCGGUUAGCUCAAAGAGUCUUCUCCGAAACUAGCCCGUUUGAGGCGGUUGCUCUGGUCUCCUCAGUUCACAAUUCAUUGCUACCCAAUGAGUCUUUAGUGGUACAGGAGGAGCAUGCCUACGGCUCCUGGCUUGUUCAGAGAGCUCUACUAGAGGAUCAAAAUAAUGAAGACAUCGCAAGGCUGCUGAAGGAAUCUCUCCAUCGUGAGGUUCUUGAGGCGGCGAAUGUCGAGUUGACGGAGCAGCGCAUAUUUCGGACAACGUCGAAGCGAGAAAAGCUUCCCUCUGCAACUGGGCUCAUCUCAAUGUCUGUCACAUCUGUACUCGAUGUACGAUCUGAAAAGAGAAAGCGCCAGUCUGGGAUGAAUCUGUACCCGCCCUCCCUGCGGACUAGGAGAAACCAAAGAUCGUGCCCUUCCGAGGUCCAAUACAUGAAAAUAAGAGACCUUACGGCAAGGGCCGACAGCGACAGAGAAGGGAUAACGACCAGUGCUUUUCCGUCAACUACGAACCAGAACCACGUUGCACAGGCGUCACAUCUUCUCCCUGGCGACCUACUCAAGACGAACGAAGAAAAAAAAGUUCAAGGCCACAGCCGGGAACCACCCCAAAUAACUCUGCUGCGACCACUUGGUGGCUUUGCGGGAAGCAGACGUCAACCCCCGUUUCGCGUUGCCGCUGAACCAGGGGAGGGGCAGUUCGAUGCUCGACUACCUAGGUGGGUAGGCAGACUCGCAAGUUGCAACCUCAGAGUUGCAGCUGGGAUUCGUCGCUUGUUGGUGGGCAUGGCAUGGCAUGCGGGGACCGGAGGUGGAGGUGGGUUGAGGAUCUACUCCGUACCUCUCUGGAACAUGCCGAAUGCGCAGGCUUCCAUGUUGCAUUUAGGCGAGCGACACGGCGAGAGAGACACACCCGAGGUGGCCGGGGAAAAGCGUGGCCGCGACGUCUUCGGGUCAACGCGCCGAAGCCGUCUCAAAAUUGGACUCGUCGGUGUAGAACUGGCCGACUACGGUGGCUUAGCUCCCCGCACCAUUGGCUUCUCUUGUCGUCUGUCUGGACGAGGUGCGAGGACAAAAGCCAAGCGAUUCGAUGUCGAGCAGCAACACCCCGCCUUCGUCAAUCUGUACGGAAACUCCGUAUGGGUCGAGCUUGUUGAUGGAGCGACGAGGGGGUUUCCUUUCAUGUUUCAGCCCAUGCAGGGUGCCGGCCAGAAGGGAGCUUUUGUGCUGCUUGCAAAUAAAUGUUCUGACAACUUUCCAAACGAGAUGGAAAGGCCAUGUUGCUGGAGCCUCGUCGCCAUGGCAGAUUUCUUCAUCGACAAACCCAUUUUAUCGCCGCGAUACAAACAAGAAAGCUCCUAUGGGCUUCGCAUUGCUUUAUUUCGUCGUGUUGUCAUUGCCCCUCUGACAGCCCAUUGCAUCAACUCUCUGCGGCGUGCCACCUUCUUCAAUGCUACGACGCACCACUUACGACGGGCAAUGGCAGAGAAGAUGCGGCCAAGAGGCUCCUCGGAGGGAUCCAACGACGGAUUCGCCCAGGAUGUCAAGGUGCCGCAAUGCAACGAAGCUGACACCUGGUGGGCUCGCGGUCAAGGUGUUCCUCGAAUGAAACGGAAGCCCGAGUUUUCACAUCUUUUUUUGCAGUGGCCGUUGCAACCCUCGCCGGAUAAGGUCCACAGGCAAGUGUUGCGUCAUACUCAUUAUCCGGAAGCCAUUUACGGCAGACUGCAAGAGGCACUCUGCUAA